GCUUAAGUUGCACUGUUGCAGUCGCUAUAGCGACUGCAGCUGAUCCAGGUCCCGCCAUUGCAGACUUGCAGUUGCAGUUGCGAAGCGCGAGGAGGAGCGGGAGGGAGCGAAGAUGAUGACGUCGUGGCUGCUGGGCCGCCGGGGCCCCUCGGGCUUCUCCUGGAGCUCCACCGCCGACCAGGUCACCGAGGGCAUCUCCGCCGCCGGCCUCACCGCCGUCGUCACCGGGGCGUCCAGCGGCAUCGGCGCCGAGACGGCGCGGACGCUGGCGCUGCGCGGGGCGCACGUCGUUAUGGCUGUCAGGGGCAUCCCCGCCGCGCAGGCCGUCAGGGACCGCGUCCUCGCCGAGGCGCCCGGGGCCAGGCUCGACGUCAUGGAGCUCGACCUCUCGUCCAUGGCCUCCGUCCGCGCCUUCGCAUCCGAGUUCGUCGCCAGGGGACUCCCCCUCAACAUCCUCAUCAACAAUGCAGGAGUAAUGGCAACACCUUUUGAGCUUUCAAAGGAUGGAAUUGAGAUGCAGUUUGCAACUAACCAUGUUGGCCAUUUUCUGCUGACGCAACUUCUGUUGGAUACCAUGAAGAAGACCUGUUGUGAAUCAAAUGUGGAAGGAAGAAUUGUCAAUGUUUCAUCAGAGGGGCACAGAUUUGCAUACCGGGAAGGCAUCCGUUUUGAUAAGAUUAAUGAUGAAUCACUGUAUAGCAGCAUUGGAGCAUAUGGGCAGUCAAAGCUUGCAAACAUCUUGCACGCUAAUGAACUCGCCAGGCAAUUCAAGGAAGAGAAUGUCAACAUAGCUGCAAAUUCUCUUCAUCCUGGCUCCAUUAUCACGAACCUUCUCCGGUACCACAGUAUCAUAGAUGCUUUCAGUCGGACACUUGGGAAAUUGGUGCUGAAAAAUGCUCAACAGGGUGCGGCAACCACAUGCUAUGUGGCACUGCACCCCCAGGUGAAGGGCGUGUCUGGGAAGUACUUCUGCGACAGUAACCUGUACGAGCCGAGCGACAAAGCCAAGGACAUGGGGCUUGCCAAGAGGCUCUGGGAUUUCAGCGUCGAGCUCACCACCUAGGUAGCUGAUGCCUCAACCGGUUUCGCCUAGUUUGCUUGUUGUCGGACAUGGACUCACGUAACAGUUGGUGAAUUCCACAACUAUGCAUCAUUUACUCUGGUGGAUGUAAAUUCCUCGACGCUGGUGGAUCAGCAACAUGUACUCUGUUGUAUUGUAUCACUCACCCAACAUUUGGCCGGUCGCCUUUCAUGCGUACUAGCAGAAUAUCCUAUGGUAUUUUGACAUUUUGAUAUGAGAUUCCUAGAA